UAUAUGUGGUAGAGUUACUUUUGCUACUAUCCGUUAUAUACAUUACCAUUUUGGCUCUAUAAAGAUUGCUGUCAUAUAUGCUCCUGCAACAGUAUCAAGACCCCGGGCCUUUUCCACUUCUAUUCUUCAAUUGACACAAUUUGGCCAACCUGCUCCUUCAUCUCGUUUCCUCUUCCUUAAACAUUUCAACUAUACUUACAGCUCUACUUCUUCAUACCCUUGUCAUACAUCUCUACCGUGGUUGCACCACGUUCAUGAAACCUUAAUUGAUUGUGUCACUGAUGAAGGUCUAGCCGGCCUCAAAUACGAGCCUUCCGUAGAUUACGACAAUCCUAUACGAGCUGAUUAUUUUCUUACUACGAUUACUCUAUCUUUCGGUACAGCUCAUACCGAAAGAGGUUUAUGGUGUGCUGACUCUCGACUGAAAAUACCCUCAUAUUUCCAAGAACGCUUCUCUGUGUCUUUACAGGGUAUCUUUCCCAGUUUGACUCAAUUACCUUACCCUUAA